AUGGGCGAUCCGCUAAGUGUGGCGUCAGGACUCAUUGCCGUCGUCACUGCAACACUGCAAUCAAGCAAAAUACUCUAUGAGACUAUUCAGAGCUUCCGAAACCACCGCACUGCAGUUUUGGAUCUUGUUCGAGAACUGAAAGACCUUGAAUCGGUUCUUAGGCCGUUGCAAGAUCAUGUGCGCACCGAUGAGACCGCGUUCUUGCCGCUCAAAGUUCCCCUCAUUCAAUGCCGACAGGCGUGCGCAGAUUUUCAAAUCCUGAUCGAGAAGAACAGCAGGCGCACUCGGGGAGAGGGAAGGACAAGCUUGAGAGAUUGGGCCAAGUUGAUGUACAUGAAUGGCGAUAUUGUUUCGUUCAAAGAACUUUUAGCCGGUUACAAAGGGACUAUAUCCAUAGCACUAGCUGACGCCAACCUACGCUCUUCCAAGGUUACUCUUGAGGUUCUGAAUGAUUACAAGAACUUGAUUUGCGACACGAAACUUGAUCUGGAGAAGCAUUUGAAAGACAUCGACUCCAAAUUGCAAGACAUAGUAUCUCAGGGCGCAACCACCGAAGCUACCGAAGGCCAGACCAAUCUCCAGAAAUUUGAAAAGGAAAAAGAAAGUACAGAACGAUGCCUCGACUAUUUGAAACAUCUCCUUGAAGAAAUCAAUGGGAUGAGUUUUCAACCCAUUCUUACUGAACCAGUCUCGAAUGCUGCUUCAAUGUCUAUCUCAGCCAAUAACAUGACACUGGCUGAUUCUCUCACUAUUUCCACCCUCAAAACAUGCAGCUAUAAUCUCUUAGACGCCAUCGACCGCCUUGAAUCGCACCACGAUAGUACCGAAGAGAAUCUUCAGCUUAGGUCUUUGGCUCAAGGUUUGAAUCGGGAAAUCGACCCUAGUGCGAAUUUGCAGACACUUCAAAAUGAGUUGGAAAGCACGAAACAGUGUUUAAGUGUCUGUGAUCGGGCAUCGGAAUGGGCUUCGUCAGGAAGGGUGCACGUGGUUGAAGAUAUCAGCAUCGGGGACGAUGGAAAACAAAUAUGCGUGUCUACACUAGGGGAUCUAUUCAACAUAAAGGGAGCUAAGGCUGGUGACGGAUCGCUUCAAUUCUUUGGGUCUGUUUCAGAGGCUAGUCUCAACGAGGUGCUGAGAUCCCAGAACCGGCGGCAGUAUGUGCGCAAUGAAAGUACGGUAGACGAGGUUUGCGUGAGUGGAGGGUAUAUGCGAUCAACAAGAUAG